AAUUGCUGUUUCAUUUUUUACUAACCAUGUCCACAUUUGCAUGGAAUUGCCCAUAUGCUAUUGCUUAUUGUUGCUUUUAAUAUUUUAUGUCAAAUGUAAUUUCAAUAAUUUUGACAGGAAUUAUUGGAUGAUGCCGACUCGUGUCGAAGAAGAAUGACAGCUGCAUCAGCUUUAAUUGGUGGUUUAUCUGGUGAAAAGAUUCGAUGGACAUCACAAAGCAAAGAGUUUAAAGCUCAAAUAGAAAAGUUGGUUGGGGAUGUGUUAUUGUGUACUGGUUUUCUGUCCUAUUCUGGUCCUUUUAAUCAAGCGUUCCGCACCAAAUUACAAGACAACUGGCAGAAAGAAAUGCAUCAGAGAAAAAUACCAUUCACCAAGAAUCUGAAUUUAACAUCAAUGUUGGUUGAUAAUGCUACUAUUGGAGAGUGGAAUAUCCAAGGAUUACCUAAUGAUGAUUUAUCAGUGCAGAAUGGUAUUAUAACAACUAAAGCUACACGAUAUCCACUACUCAUUGAUCCACAGGGACAGGGAAAAAAUUGGGUCAAAAAUAGAGAAAAGAAUAAUGAACUGCAGAUAACAUCAUUGAACCACAAAUAUUUUCGAACUCAUCUAGAAGACAGUUUAUCUCUUGGACGACCAUUGCUAAUUGAAGAUGUAGAAGAGGAUUUAGAUCCAGCUUUAGAUAACGUACUUGAGAAAAACUUCAUCAAAUCAGGCUCCACAUACAAGGUAAAAGUAGGAGAUAAAGAAUGUGAUGUUAUGUCCGGAUUUUAUCUGUAUAUAACCACUAAACUACCAAAUCCAGCAUAUACUCCUGAGAUUAGUGCCAGAACGUCUAUUAUAGAUUUUACUGUAACAAUGAAAGGAUUAGAAGACCAGUUGUUAGGUCGUGUUAUAAUGACUGAAAAAAAUGAAUUGGAAGCAGAACGUGCGAAAUUGCUGAUAGAUGUUACAGCUAAUAAACGUAAAAUGCAAGAGUUAGAAGAUAAUUUGCUCUAUAAAUUAACCAGUACAAAGGGAUCAUUGGUAGAUGAUGAAUCUUUGAUUCAAGUUUUAUCUACGACAAAAAUCACAGCUGCUGAAGUCAGUGAAAAACUUACUGUGGCAGCUGAAACAGAAAUUAAGAUAAAUGAAGCUAGAGAAGAAUUUAGACCAGUGGCAAACCGAGGCAGUAUUCUGUAUUUCCUGAUGUGUGAUAUGAGCAUGGUAAAUAGAAUGUAUCAAACAUCUCUAAAUCAAUUUCUUGGCAUAUUUGAUAUCUCUAUGGCGAGAUCUGAUAAAAGUCCAGUAGCAAAUAAACGUAUUGCUAAUAUUAUAGAAUAUUUAACAUUUGAAACUUUCCGAUACACAUGCCGAGGAUUGUAUGAAGACCAUAAAUUCCUGUUUACACUACUUAUGGCAUUAAAAAUUGAUAUACAACAAGGCAAAGUGAAGAAUGAAGAAUUUCAGAUCUUUAUCAAAGGAGGGGCUGCCCUAGAUUUAAAUUCUGUAACACCCAAACCAUGUAAAUGGAUAUCUGAUAUAACCUGGUUGAAUUUAGUUCAACUUAGUUCUUUAUCACAGUUCUCAGAAAUACUGAAUCAGGUACCACGCAAUGAGAAGGGUUGGAGAGCCUGGUUUGAUUCAGAUGCACCAGAAGAAGAACAGAUACCUGAUGGCUACAGUUCCUCUCUAGAUACUUUUAGAAAACUUCUUUUAAUCAGAUCAUGGUCACCAGAUCGUACAAUAGCCCAAGCCAGGACAUAUGUGGCUAAAUCCUUAGGUGAUAACUAUGCUGAUGCUGUUAUUCUAAAUCUAGAAGCUACAUGGGGUGAAAGUAUACCGAAAGUACCGUUAAUCUGUUUACUGUCAAUGGGUUCAGAUCCUACUAACCAAAUAGAAUCACUCUGUAAAAAACUCCAACUAGAAUUCCGUGCUAUAUCUAUGGGUCAGGGUCAAGAAGUUCAUGCCAGAAAACUUAUCAGUCAGUUUAUUCAGACGGGUGGAUGGGCUAUGUUGCAGAAUUGCCAUUUGGGUUUAAAUUUUAUGGAUGAGUUAUUAGAGACUCUGUUAGAUGCCACUGCAAUGCAUGAUGACUUUAGAGUAUGGAUUACAACAGAACCUAGUCCUGGUUUUCCUAUCAGUUUAUUACAGAGCUCUAUAAAAUUCACAAAUGAACCUCCUCAAGGUAUAAAAGCUGGGUUAAAGAGAACGUAUGCUGGUAUAACACAAGAUUUCUUAGACGUAUCUAGUUUGACUCAGUGGAAACCAUUAUUAUUUGCUGUUUCUUUCUUACAUACUGUAGUUCAGGAAAGACGAAAGUUUGGUCCAUUGGGUUGGAAUAUUCCAUAUGAAUUUAACAGCUCAGAUUGGACUGCCAGUGUACAAUUUGUACAGAAUCACUUGGAUGACUUGGAUAUUAAAAAGGGUAUAUCUUGGACAACAGUAAGGUACAUGUUAAGUGAAGUACAGUAUGGUGGGCGAGUUACAGAUGACUAUGAUAAAAGAUUGUUGAACACAUUCACCCGGGUAUGGUUUGGAGAUUUCAUGUUUUCAGAUAAUUUCCAGUUCUACAUUGGUUAUAAAAUUCCUAAAUGUCGAAGUGUUGAUGAAUUCAUGGGAUAUAUUGAAAAUAUGCAAUUAGUUGAUUCACCAGAAGCAUUUGGUUUACAUCCUAAUGCUGAUAUCACGUAUCAGACUAAUCUAGCUAAUUCAGUAUUAGAGACUAUUAUGAGUAUACAACCUAAAGAUGCAGGUAGUGGAGGAGGUGAAUCAAGAGAAACUAUUGUUUAUAGAAUGGCUAGUGAUAUGUUAGAUAAGCUACCAUCAGAUUAUAAAGCACAUGAGGUUAAAGAUCGCUUGAAAAAGAUGGGCAUGUUACAACCAUUGAAUAUUUUCCUGAGACAGGAGAUUGACAGAAUGCAGAGAGUUAUAACAGAAGUUAGAAUAACUCUCACUGAUUUACAAUUAGCUAUUGAUGGUACUAUUAUUAUGAGUGAGAAUUUAAGAGAUGCCCUUGACAACAUGUUUGAUGCUCGAGUACCUAAUCUGUGGCGUAAAAUAUCUUGGCAGUCAUCUACAGUAGGUUUUUGGUUUACAGAAUUAUUAGAAAGAAAUGAACAGUUUAAUACCUGGAUUUUUAUAGGUAGACCUGAUGUCUUCUGGAUGACUGGUCUCUUUAAUCCUCAAGGUUUCCUAACGGCUAUGAGACAAGAAGUUACAAGAGCCCAUAAAGGUUGGGCUUUGGAUUCAGUUACCCUACAUAAUGAUGUUAUGAAAACUUUUAAAGAGGAUAUUACUAGUCCGCCAGUUGAAGGGGUUUAUAUUCAUGGUUUAUUUCUUGAUGGUGCAGGAUGGGAUAGAAGAAACUGCCGGCUGUGUGAACCUCCAGCUAAAGUUCUCUUUACAGCCCUACCAGUUGUUCAUAUGUUUGCUAUAAAUUCUACAGCAGGUAAAGAUCCACGUCUUUACCAGUGCCCUGUUUAUAAAAAACCUCACAGAACAGACCUGACCUACAUCUCUCUUAUCGUAAUGAAAACCAACCAAAACCCUGAUCAUUGGAUACUCAGGGGUGUAGCUGCCUUAUGUGAUAUCAAAUAAACACUUUGAUCAAAGAAUCUACACUAGUCUUUUACAUUUUAAUUUAUUUUUGAUUCAAAUGUGCCAAAUACAAUGUAUUUAAUCAACAUAUAUAUUUUUAAAAAAAAAUAAUUAUAUAUACUUGAAGACUUAAAAUGUCUA